AUGCUUACCUAUUAUCUGUAACUUGAAAGUUGUAACUUGGCACUUGCAAGUGAAUGAGGUAUAUUAUGACGUGAAUUGUGAAUUGUGCAAAUUUGCUUUCAAACGGUUCGUUCGGAAUUCAUCAACGCGUUGUUGGAUUAAUCAAACUGUCACUAAAGAUAUUCUACAUUUGUUUUUGUUUGGAGGAUUAAUAUGAAAAUGGUACCUAUGACUGGCUUAAUUUUGAAUGAACACGAAGGCGAAGUUCAUGACGCUGAACUAGAUUAUUAUGGUCAACGUUUAGCUACAUGCUCUAGUGAUAAAACAAUCAAAAUUUAUAGUAUAAACAAUGGUAACAAAACUUUAUUGGCCAACAUUAAGGGUCAUCACGGACCUGUGUGGCAAAUUUGUUGGUCCCAUCCAGUAUCUGGACAUUUAUUAGCCUCUUGUUCUUACGAUAAACGUGUUGUUGUAUGGAAAGAAUCAAAUGAUUGGUUUAAUAUAUUUGAAUUUACUCAUGAAUCUUCAGUUAAUGCUGUUGCAUGGGCACCCCAUCAACAUGGCACAAUUUUAGCGAGUGCGAGUUCAGAUGGGUCUGUUGGAGUUCAUGUGUUCAACAAAGAAUGGUCUUCUAAGUCAUUUAGUGCCCACCAUAAUGGAUGUAAUACUGUAGCUUGGGCUCCAUACAAAGAAUUACUAUUUGGAUCUGAUCAAACAGACUUUGGUAAAAAGUUAGUAUUAGCAAGUGGUGGCUGCGAUAAUUUAGUGAAAAUAUGGACUGUUGAAAAUGAUCAAUGGGUACAAGUUGGUGAAAUAAAUUGUCACACAGAUUGGGUUCGUGAUGUGGCUUGGACGUGUACUAUUGGUGAUAAUCGACAAUUAAUUGCAAGUUGUUCUGAAGAUAAGACUGUUGUAGUGUCACAUAGCGAUGAUUAUUCCAAAUGGUCUUCUGUACGAAUGCAUUUGUUUGAUAGCCGUGUUUGGACUGUAAGCUGGUCAAAAAUUGGUAAUGUACUUGCAGUGUCUGCUGAAACCAAUAAAGUAUCAUUAUGGAAAGAGAAUACAAUUGGUCAUUGGAUCAGUUGCAGUGAUAUUGAUGAUACUAAAGGAGUGGAAGAUUAAAUGUUUAUUUUAAUAUUUUUACUUUUAAAUGUUUUGAAAUAUUUUGUAAUAAAAAUGUACAAAAAAUUUGCUAAAUGGGAAUCUAAUAAUCGAAUAUUAGGUAUUGUUUUUUUUUUUUUUUUUAUGUCAUUGAAAAAAAAUAAAUGUAAUUUAACUA